AUGACCAAAGAGCCAUUUCAGUUUCAGGGACAACAAAUCAAGAAAACUAGGGUUUCACAAAUCGUGAUGAAGAAGAGACAGAUGGUCAUAAAGCAGAGAUCAAGAAACUCCAACACGUCGUCGUCUCGGACUACUACUUCUUCUUAUUCAUCUUCUUCAUCGGCGAUCAGUAACGUCCGCUACGUGGAGUGUCAGAAGAAUCACGCUGCUAACAUUGGAGGUUACGCUGUCGACGGUUGCCGUGAAUUUAUGGCCGCCGGAGAUGAAGGAACCGUUGAAGCAUUGAGAUGCGCCGCUUGUGGUUGUCACCGGAAUUUUCACCGGAAGGAAGUCGAUACGGAGGUUGUUUGUGAGUACUCUCCACCUAACGCUUGA